CUGAAAGCUGGACUGCCCACAUAAACCACGACUCGUCUAGAUACGACUGGGACUAGAAGGGUGAAAGGUUGUUUCUAAGGACUACGGACCCCAUCUGUUCAUAUCAACCUAGAGCUCUGUGGCUGUCCAGUUUAUUGGUAGUUUUUGGUUAGAUUAAGGCAGGAUAUCGACAGCCAGGCUCCCUAACUCACGCACCCUACAACGCCUCCUGGUCCUAGAAGCUAACCUAGACCAUCGAGGACUUCUACUUGCUCUCUUCAACUUGCUCCACCUCGCAAUCCCCGCAACCCAACCCGAUGCAUCCGCGCACCCGCAGGACCCAGCUUGGGGCUCUCACCAUCUCCCCGCGCUGCAGCUCUCUCGACUACGCGGGUUUCCCCCACUCGCUCCUCUCCAGCCUCCCCUUCCGGGUUCUGGCCCCGAAGCCCUCUGGGAAUUGGAGUACAGGCGGCCAUGGACUACAACUCCCAAGAUGUAACACGAUGUUGGGUUCAGAGAAAUUCUCGAGUUUCUCUGGUCAGCACAGAGCUAGUUCUCCGAGUCCUACUGACAGGAAGGAUAAGAAAAACCACACGAACAAGCUUCAAGAGCUGGCUUUGCUGAUCCCAGUGACCAUGAAGACCAGAAACAAGAAGUACACUAAGAAGGAGAUCCUGCUGCGUGUCCUGCACUACAUCCAGUACCUCCAGAGAAACAUUGAUAUGGUCAAAGCCUUGCUCAAGCUCCACAGCAGCAAUGGCAAAGGUGGAUUUGUGGGGCCAGGUUGGAACCCAUCUGCUGGCCAGACAGGACAGCAAGACUCCACCCCCUCCAGCUCUCAGAAGCCAUGCCUUGGGAGCACCUCUUCGAAACCUCGAAAGAAGAAGUUUACCCAAGUGUCAGAGCGUCCAGGCUGGCCCUAUAAGCCUCGACGCUCUCUAGCUCUGGACCAGGCUGAAAAUCCUAUCACCAUACACCCAGGCCUAAAGGAAGAAAAUGAGGAAGGUGCCACCUAUUCGGGAGACCUCAGCCCUAGCACCUAUGCCACAACUGAACUGUCUGUGGCUGAAGGCGAUGGACAAGGGGACCAGCUAGUGUUCUUGGACGUGGCUCAGAACAUCAUUGCAUAUGACAUCACAAGUGAUCAUGCUAUAGAAGUCCAGGAUGGAGAGCCUAAUGCUGACAUCAAGGUUCAGAGAUCCUAUUUCCUCACCAGGGCACAGCCCUGUGUCAGGCAGAAGCUAUUCUUGUGUUCUUCCAGUGAGGCAGACAAAGAAGCCCCAGACACUGACCCCUGGCUUCCUGUUUGGACCUCCGAGGACAGCCCCAAUGGGAGCCCACUGGCUUUGGGGUCUUCCCAGAUCAAUACCUGGCAUGUGACAAACUACCUGGAUGAGAUCUUAGGAGUCAGCUCUUCCCUCUUCAGCUCCCCAAGCAAAAUCCUGCCAGAUCAUGUCCUGGAGGAUGGUACCUACUUUCUGACUGAAGGUCUCUUGGAAUCUUCACCUGCUGCCUGUGAAGUGGAGGGCCCACAAGAGGAGGAAGUAUUCUGUGAAGGCCCCACAGGCCCACCUAACUUCCAGUCCUCUGUCUCACUGGACCACUGCUACCUGUCACUGGAUGAGAAUGUCAAGGUGCUGUCCAACUGUGGCUCCAGCUCAGAGGCCACAGACACAGAGUCCAUGUGGGAACAGGAGGAGGUGAGAGGGGUGGCCACCUACCCAAGGAGGACAGGGGUCUUCUCCCUUGCUCAGCUUUCUGUCCUGCAGCAGGCCAACCCUGAGGGAUUACAGACCUCAAGUGAUGAGGACAGAGACUACACAUGGACCCCUACCCAGCGGUCUCCUGGCCUGCCGGUAGCCAGCAAGAAGAUCAAGAAGCAGGCAAGCCAGGGCCCUGUGAAGCCCAAAGAUAGCAGAAAAGCCUGCCCUGACCAGGUGAAGAAAAAGUGUGUUAAUGGCUUCAUCAUGUUCUGCAGGAUGAACCGGAAGCAGUACAUCCGAGCCUGUCCUGGAACUGCAUCCACAGCUGCCACCAAGGAUCUAGCUCAGCUGUGGCGAGGGAUGACUCUGGAGGAGAAGAAACCACUGGCUGAGAAGGCCCAAGUGUCUUUGGGCCUCACCUCACUGCCCACCCCUCACUGCCAGUGAGAACGGCAGCCCCUGCUGGGUUCUGCCACCUGCUUAGCUCUCGGGUCCUCUAACAUUUGUUUCCCCUGGCCUCAGACCCACUGCUGUUGGUCCCCAGCUUCAGUACCAGAGAGGAAAUGGAUUUACCGACCCAAGGCUCUGUGUUCUGCCUUGUGCACAGCCCCGCCCUCUAGCCCAUCUUACAUCUGUUCUUAUAGGAUGGGCACCCUAGAUGAAAUGUGGAGCCUCCCUCUGCCCCCAGAAGCACAUGAUCUCAGCCCCAGUCUCACUGCAUCCUUCCCUGUUGUAGGUAAAAUGAAGUGAAACCCUUUUUACCAACAAAGGGAGAAGGAAUGUUGUGUCCAGGACCUCUUAGCCAUGGUUGGGCUUUCCACACAUCAAAUCCAGAAGCCUUCUGCUUCUGUACUUUGAAAUCCCGUCCUCCCCCACCCCCAAGUUUGCAGGUCUGAACUCAAACCCUUUACCUCAGAUAUCCAGUCUUGGGAUGUAGUGACCCAUGUUUAUAAUUCCAACAUUCAGGAAGCUGAGGCAGGAAGAUGGAGUCUGAGACCUGCCUGGGCUAUAUAAAACAUGAUCCCCAUCUCACAACCCAAACAAGAAAACAAGCCACAGCCUCUGGCUGGGCUUUGUUCCCAGUUCUCUCUUGGGUGGGUUGUUUGGCAGGUAACCUUACCCUCAAUAGCUCUGUUGUCUGUUAACUUGACUUUAAUUGAAAUGGAGGCAUAACAUAUCCUAGAAAAAUAAAGAUUUACAAUACAAA